AUGAUUUGUCCUCUCAUUUGUGAUUAAAAUUGCAUUAAUUACUUAUUUGAAAAAGGAUAGAUUAUAUCAAUAAUAAGUGUAGCUUUUGCAGUUUCAAUUAGUUGGUUCAUGAUUAGGAAACAUUUAAAUUAUUUCAAUUUUCCGUAUUUUUAAAGCAAAAUUAUAAGUAUGGUAUUAGAAUGAUUUUAGUAAUAUUAAUGAUGUCUCCUUUUUAUGCUGUUAUUUCAAUUUUAUCAUUAGAGAUCGCAGUAUUAUAUUAUUUUAAAAGAAUUUAGCAUAAUAUUUUGAAUUGAUUAGAGAUAUAUACUUAGCCUUUUUAUUGUUUACAUUCUUUUAUUUGAUGUUUUCUUAUAUGGCAUAUGAUGAGGAAUUAGACAAGAUAACAGAUGAGAAAGUUUAUGAAACAAUGAUUUAAAAUGAAGAAUAUAUAGAGCAUUUAUGGCCAUUCAAUCAUUGCUCUAGAAAAUAUUAUUUAACAACAGUGUCAAAAGCUAAAUAUUUUACAUAUAGAUGUAAGAAAUUUGUACUUUAAUAUUGUAUCAUUAAACCAAUUUUUACUUUUUUAUUGAUAUUUUCAUAACCUUUUCAUUCAUAAUUUAUUCUGAAUUUGGAAUUAAUCUUUGAAAUAAUAAUUAUUUUGAGUGAAUCCUUUUCUCUUUAUUAUUUAAUCCUUUUUUAUGUAGCUCUUAAGAAACCUUUAAGUCCAUAUAAGUAUGAAUUAUUGUAAUUGAAUUAUUAGACCACUCUUAAAAUUCUUGAUAAUAAAAAUAACAUUAUUCUUUACAUUUUGGUAAUCACUUGUGUUGUCUGUAUUCAAAAAAUAAAUUGGAGAUUGCUUUGAGCCAGAUGAUAUUCACUUUACAGAUGAAAGAAUUAUUAGUAGUAUAGAGAAUACAUUGGUAUGUUUGGAGAUGUUUAUAAUGACAAUAGCAUGUAUAUUCGCAUUUAGCUAUAGCGAAUUUAUGAAGGAAUAAAAUAAUAAGGGAACUCUUAAAAAGGCUAUAAGUGAUAAUUGGAAGGCAUUUAAACAUGACUUUAGAUUAAUAAGACCUAAGAAAUUUGGGUAGAUAAAUCAUUUAUAUAUUAGAUAUACACCAAAAGUACAUCAUAUAGAAUUACAGGAGAAAUUGUUUUCAUCAAAUGAAGUAGAUAUUCAUUUUGAGAAAAUGAAUGUGAAAUAAGAAUAUUUAUGA